UGCACCCUUUUCGGCCCAUACUCACGUUGCUUCAUGUAUCAGGUUGGUUACUUGAAAUGCUCUAAAUGCUAUCGAACAAGUAAUCUACUGCUUGUGAGAGUGUCGUGCCCUAUCAGCAAACGCAUGCUGCACUGAUGUUCUUUUCUUUUUGGUGUCGUGAUUGAUGGGUUAACAUUCCUGUUCUUCGACUCCUGUCUUUUGUUCACGGAAGCAUUGCUCCUCUUGGCAGGAGACGUGGAAUCAAACCCCGGUCCCAUGUCUAAGGCUGAAACUGAACAGUUGGGAAAAAUUGAAAGCAUACUCUUAGAAUUGCAGUCUGGACAAGCAACUGUUUUGGCAAAGCUAACAGGCAUAGAAAAAAGGCAAGCUGAUCUUGAGAAUAAGAUUGAUGGCGUAAUUUCAAAAACAAAGGUACUAGAAAGACGCGUGGCACAUGUUGAAGAAAGUGAGUUUAAACUUGAAGCCAAAUUAGACAACCUUGAAAAUAGAAGUCGACGAUCAAACUUAGUAUUUUUUGGUGUUCCCGACAACUCCAGAAAAGAGACAUGGGAAGAAUCUGAGAAACUAAUAAGGGACAUCUGUAAAGAAAUGUUAUCUAUCGACAAUGUUGAGAUCGAAAGAGCCCACCGCGUGGGAGCAUUUAAAGAUGAAAAAAAUUGGCCUAUCGUUGCGCAUUUUGCUGGCUGGAAAGCCAGAGAAAAUGUGAGGCGAAAUGCAUUUAGGUUUAAAAAUACCCCGAUCAGCGUCUCAGAAGACUUCAGUCCCCUAGUUGAAGAAAAACGGCGGCAACUCUGGAACUACGCAAAAGAGAAACGGCAAUAUAAAGAAAACCGGGUCUAUUUGAACUAUGAUAAGUUAGUAAUAAAUGGGCAGACGUUUAUCUGGGACAGCGAUACGUUUCAACCAGUCCUGCACCGUCCCACUAAUUCCGAGAUCGUAGCAGAAUGA